UACAUGAUUCCGAGAGGAAUUGCCUUGGAAGGAGUUUCGGCCGGUACUAUAUACUACCAGAUUCGAGCACAAAUGUCAAGAUUGCGACUACACCAGAAACAUGGGUCGCAGAAUCUGGUGGGUUGCACACCAGCAUACUCCAGAUCCCACAUACAAGUGCCAUGCAUGUUACUUGAAAACCUCGAACGGGCUGCCUGAAGGCUAUGAAGGCUGCGAAACCAUCAAAGAGGUCGCCGCAAGAAAGAAAGAGCUCGAGAGCCAACAAGCUACGCCAGUACCGACCACUCCAAGUCUGUCAGGUCAAUCACGGAUACCAUCGCAGAAGAAGCCCAACAGCUCCCGUCAAUUUUCUACCUAUCGCGUUACCUGGAACUCGGCGAUUGACUCUGCUCCGCGAGAGGAAUCCCUUCAGAUUGCUGAAGCUCAGACCAAUGAACAUAACGCGGUCGCAGAACGCGAGGCUCGGCGCACAAACUUUCAAGAACGCUAUGUCAACGAUUCCGAGUCCCGCGAAAAGAAGGGAGCAGCAGAGAGAAGUCUUUCUCACGCGGAGAAGAACGAUCCCGAAUAUAUCAGCUCGAGACGCGAAAAGAUGAGGGAAUAUAAAUAUCGCUCAUAUCACCAUAAUCCGAAGUUUCGUGGGAGCGUACUUGACAGUAACCGACGAUAUCAAACGGCAAUGAUGAAAGAUCCCGCUUGGCGGGCGGCACAUAACGAGCGCACCAGACUACGUAGGAAGUCGGUCAGAAAAGAGGACCCGUCAUACGUACAGAGAGACACCGUAUGUAGAUGGAUCAGGAGGGAUCCUGCGGCCAGAGAAGUGAUGGAUUGGGGAUUGUACAAGCCGGUGCUCUAUCCGAUCAAAGUGGAACACCAAUGUGGAGGCUGCGAAUACCCAAGGCGCGGAGGCUUCAAGUUGUGGUUCUUGAAGCAGGUCAAAGGCAGAACGGAAAGUACUGAUUCGGGAAGUACAGGGUUGCACAGAUGUCCAAGGUGUUUCUUCAAAGAUCCGGAUGGAGGUCUGCCCAAGGCCUUUGAGGAUUGCACUACCCAAACCCAGCUGAAAACAAGAUUCCAAGGGAGUCGGAAGGGAUAGAGAGAACUAAGAUCCGCUGUCAACUUUCAUGACCUUUGGGAGUGCAAAACAGGAGGCAUGCCCAACUGU